AGCUCGUGGCACCAAUGGAACGGAAUGUAAACAAACCUCAAGCUGUAACUCAUGAACCUUGUUGUAAUCAACGAGUCACCAAAAGUCACCUUCUUGAUUCAAUGAUUACACAUCGAUAGGAUUCGCUGAGGAUCUUCUCUGAAGAAAUUUGACCUGACAAGCGUGGUAGGUCACCAGAUUGCCCUAAAUAGCAAUGGGGGUGUCUUACCGGGGUCCCGAUGUUGUUAUUGCAAAAUCUGAUGUUGUAAAACAACUUCCUCCUCGAGCACUGGGCGUUAGUCUUCCUUGUCCGUGGGCCUGCAGAUAUUGUGGAGAGAAAUUUUCAAAGCCACUGUUGUUUGCUAAUCAUGUGAAGGCACAUCUGAGAUGGAUUAUUUACCAAAGACACCCAAGUGACGGGUGUGGGAAGUCUUUGCAAGAUUCCACAUCUCAGCAAGAUCACAAGAAUACUCCACUUAAACACUCGGAGACCUUGUCAUCUGUAUCAUUAGAAAACAGAAAUAAAGUGGGAAUAUCUGUAAAGCAUGAAGUCUUGAGUGAUGAAGAGGUAAUGGAUAUUGAAAACAGUGGAAAUGGACAGUUUCCAAAGAAGAUGGUGGUUCUCGCAACAAAUGUCGUUGAUGGACCUCACAAUUGUCAGAUUUGUCCAACGCAGUUCCACAAGCCUGAAUAUUUAUUGAGGCACCUUCGUAAACACACGGGAGACUUUACAUGUGAGAAGUGUCUAAAGGUAUUUGCACGUAAAGAGGGCUUACAGAAACAUGUUUGUCCGGGUGGUCUUCAUAAGAAGACCUUGGAGUGUUCCAUCUGCAGUCGCUCAUUCUUAAGUGAAGCUCUUCUUCAGAAACAUGAGCUGAAGCAUAAGGGUAGUAAAAAGUGUACUCUCUGUGAUAGGUUCUAUUCAAGUAAAGAAUCACUUGAGAAACACAUGAAGAACUGUCCAACUGUGGAAAUAGCCAUGUCUUUUCAGUGCGGUGUCUGUAACAAAGAGUUCGUCAAUCAGUCUUUGUUGGAUCGACACGCAAAUAGUCAUUGUCGUCAGUACCAUUGUGAGAUUUGUAAUAAGAAGUAUGCCACCAAUGCCAGCUUGAAACAUCAUGUACAGUUAUGCAGACAGAUUCAGCAAGUUGUUUCGUAUGGCCAUGUGAAGUGCGAAGAAUGUGGGGAGGUAUUGACAAGCACUGCAGAAUUUCGCACUCAUUAUCAAAAGCACACACACCCCUAUAACUGCAAUGGCUGUGAUCAGCGUUUCAAAACACGUGUUGGAUUUGAGAUCCAUGUUUGCAGAGUUGAACUUACUUGUGACCAUUGUGGCGCUGAAUUCCGUUCUGUUCAGGCUCUGAAUCGCCAUGCAGCUGUCCAUGGGCCACCACCUUUUACCUGUAUGUCCUGCAGACGAUCAUUUUAUCGCAAGGAGAGUUUAGACCGUCAUAACUGCUGUAGCGAAGAGGGAAUGAAAGAAGUCCCUCAGUCCAAAGGAAACUUCAACUUCAAAUGUAAUAUUUGUGGAGUAAUUUUAUCAACAAGGCAUAGUUUCAACACACACAUGAAGUCUGCUCAUGGUGGGUUGGCUGCUAAAGAGUUUGGUUGUGGAGUUUGUGGAAAGCAGUUUUCUAGGAAGGACCUGCUAAGGGAGCAUUCAAUGGUCCACACUGCACCGUCACUUCCUUGCCCCGAUUGCAAGAAGCUAUUCAAAACCCAGAAAUCUCUUGAGGUUCAUAAACUGAUUCAUCAAGGAAUCAAGAGAUUUGUUUGCAAGUAUUGUGGGAAGAAAUAUCAUCAGAAGGUCAACUUGGCAAAACAUGAACGAAGCCAUUUACCAAGGGGUGCAGUGAAGUGCCAGUGCUGUGGAAUUCAGUUUUACUCAACAGAUGAUUUGAAAGCACACUUGCUUUCACACACACUUGUGCAACCAGAACUUUCACAGAAACUUGAGAAAGAAGCAGAGUUAUUGACCAGUAAGGAUACCUUUAACAUUGAUGGAUCUCAGCUGUGUACUGGUACGAGCGAUAUUGAAUCGCAACGGACUUUGAAAAUCAAGCCGAUAGUGUGUAGUGAUAUUCAUGGUGAAAGGAUAUUCACAGAUGCAAGUAAUGCUUUGGAGAAUGAAAAUAACUUGCACUUAAACCCUAAUAGAACAUGUGUGGUAGUGGACAGUGGAAUGAAAGCUAGCCAUUCCCUUGGUCCCGAGUUUAGAACAAACCUCUUCCACGUAACAGAUAUUACGAGACAGGAUACAAAAGAGCAUAAUGCAAUAGGACAUACUCAGGUAGAUAAAAGUAAAGUGGCACUUGUGACUCAAGAAGUAACAAACGUUUGCAUACCUGCAAGUAGAGAGUGUCUGAAUGACAAAGUUCCUCCUGAAAGUGAGCACAAGUUAUCAACGAAUGCUCAAAACAUUACAGCAUUCCAGAGUGAAAGCGAUACUUACAGUGAAAUAUGUAGUGUAACGGCGAACAUUCCUGGUAAUAGUGCAUCUGAUAUGAAUGUAAGUGGAGGUAUGCACACGUACCACUUGAACUUGGAUGAUAAUUGCCAAGUAACUGUAGAAAAGGGGCAUGGAAAUUUCGACCAGGGUUCUUAUGUUACUUUUGAUGGUGGAAAUGAUAAAAGGAUUUCCUUGAAAGGUAACUCGUUGAUUGAAGGUACAGAAUCGAUGGCUUCCCCAGUUGCUAAAUCAAUUGGUUACAUUGUAGGUCAACAAAUUACAGAAAGAGUUGUCAUUGUGACCAACACUCCUGAAGAAGGAUAAUGCAAUAAUUUUAUGUACAAAAGGGAUUUUGACGAAGGAAAAAUCUAUUUCUGGGCAACGACCUGUGUCGCCCUGUGAAACGGUUCCUUUGAUACUAUUUCUGAAGAAUAAAUAUUGCUAUUCAUCCUAGAGAAAAAAGAAACAAUAUAAUGCCAAGAUAAAUGGCUCGCUCACUUCUUAUAGAAGUGUCGGUAUAGUAAGGAGCGAGUGGAAUCACUACCAGAGGUCCC